CCUCGACACUUCAUGCCCCCCACCCCUCCCACUUCCCACAUCACCUGCGCUAUAUAAACCUCAGAAGCGGCCAUCGCGGUCUCUUGUCACUCGAGUCACGAGCCGCUCAAGAACACCAAGCAGCCAAGAUGAAAGUCAUGGGCAUGAGCUUUAAGGAAGGGCAGGAGUUCAAGAUCCGUGUCAAGCCCAAAGAUGACUGCAACAGAUUCAGCAUCAAUAUCGGCCACGACUCGGACAACAUCGCGCUGCACUUCAACCCGCGCUUUGACCAGAGUGCCAUCAUCUGCAACUCCAUGUCGGGAGGCUCCUGGGGCGACGAGCACCGCGACGACAACUUCUGCUUCUCCCACGGCGAGGAGAGCAAGUUCUACAUCAACUUCAACAACGAAGAGUUCAUCAUCAAGUUGCCCAACGGCUCCACAAUUACUUUCCCCAACCGGCUGGCCGACGUCAAGUACAAUUACUUUGAUGUCGCUGGCGAGGCCAAGAUCGUCGGCAUGAAGAUCAAGUAGAGAGUCGGUGGAGGAAAAAAACCCUAACGUGACUCAUCGUCAACCAUCCUGGCUCUCCUGGACAGCUUGGGAGGAUGUCUUUGACCUUGGAACCAUCUUGUAAUGACAAGAAAACGCCACAAGAGGAAGUCAGACAACGGCCUGGUUCAAUAGUCGACAGGUUUGUGAAUAAAUACGAUUAAAAUUG